UUGGCGCCACAAUACCAACAGGGAACACUGCUGGGUAGUCUAACCUCCAAACCUGACUGCAUAAAAAAUAAAUACCCCUCUGAGCCACAUAAGUGUAAUUUUAUUUGCCAUAACUUUCUACCGUUUUAUAUCUGAAACUGGAAAAUGUUCAUCACGGACAUAAGAAAGGAUUUUUAUGAAGUUGUAGCCAACCAGAGAGUCGCACUCCUGGUUGCAGCGGACAUUGAUGCUCUCUGCGCCUGUAAGAUACUGCAGGCGCUGUUUCACUGUGACCAGAUCCAGUAUACACUUGUGCCAGUUACAGGCUGGCAGGACCUUGACACUGCAUUCCUUGAACACAAACAGCAGUUUAGAUAUUUUGUUCUCAUCAACUGUGGGGCAAAUGUUGACCUCCUUGAGAUGCUGCAGCCAGAUGAUGAUUCCAUCUUUUUCAUCUGUGACACUCACCGGCCUGUGGAUGUAGUCAAUGUUUACAAUGACACCCAGAUCAAACUGCUGAUAAAACAAGAUGAUGACCUGGGCGUGCCUUCGUAUGAUGAUAUCUUUCGAGAUGAUGAGGAUGGGGAUGAUUCUGGAAAUGAGAGCGACAACGGCUCAGAGCCGUCUGGUAAACGGAGAAGAUUUGACGAAGGGGCAGUUGAGAGGAGAAUUGAGAGACAGCGAGUGAGGAGGGAGUGGGAGGCACGAAGGAGGGAGAUCUUGUUUGAUUAUGAGCAGUAUGAAUACCAUGGAACGUCAGCAGCAAUGAUGUUUUUUGAGCUUGCCUGGGUUUUGACUAAAGACACUAAGGACAUGCUCUGGUGGGCCAUCAUAGGGCUAACAGACCAGUGGGUUCACGAUAAAAUCACACAUAUGAAGUAUGUAACGGAUAUCGCCACAAUGCAGCGACAUGUUUCCCGACAUAACCACCGAAAUGAGGAUGAGGAGAACUCUCUGUCCAUCGACUGUAUGAGGAUCUCCUUUGAAUACGACUUGCGUCUAACUCUCUACCAGCACUGGUCUCUAUAUGAGAGCAUCUGUAAUUCCUGCUACACCUCCUGCAGCUUCAAGCUUUGGACCUUAAAUGGCCAAAAGAAACUUCAGGAGUUCUUGGCUGAUAUGGGGCUACCUCUGAAGCAAGUGCGACAGAAGUUUAACUCCAUGGACAUGUCAAUCAAAGAGAACCUGAAGGACGUCAUCGAAGAGUCUUCCAAUAAAUACGGUAUGAAGGACAUCCGCAUCCAGACAUUUGGUGUUCAUUUUGGCUUUAAGAACCGUUUCCUGGCCAGUGACAUGGUACAUGCUGUUGCUGCCUUGCUGGAAAGUACUGACAAAGAUGAGAGCAAUACUGACAACUUCAUCAAGGCUCUCGAUUCUCUUUCAAGGAGCAGCCUUGAUCGUCUACAUGUGGGCAUCGACAUGGCUAAGAAGAAGUUGAUUGCCAUCCAGCAGACUGUAGCCAGCUGCAUCUGCACCAACCUCAUCUUGUCACAGGGACCCUUCCUCUACUGCUACCUCAUGGAGGGAACACCUGAUGUGAAGCUCUUUUCAAAGCCCAUGGCCUUGACUCUGCUUUGCAAAUACCUGCUGAAAGCUUUUGUCCAUUCGACGAGGAAUAAACGUUGCAAACUGCUUCCUCUCAUCAUGGCUGCUCCCAAGGAUGUGGAGAAGGGAACUGUCAUCGUUGUGGGAAUCCCACCAGAAUCUGCGACGUCUGACAAGAAGAAUUUCUUUGGUCGAGCAUUUGAGAAAGCUGCAGAGAGCACCAGCUCCAGAACGCUUCAUGACCACUUUGAUACUUCCAUAAUCGAACUCAAGACAGAGGACAGAAGCAAGUUUCUGGAUGCACUCAUCACCCUCCUUUCCUGAAAACAUCAGCAGCCAAAAACCUGCAAGUUCUGGGAUUCAGCUGCCAUUACUGGUCCGAGGCAGGUGCAUCAGA